AUGGUUGAAAUACGCAUAAUGCAUGGGAGGCUGACUCGACACGUGGAAGGAUCUGGUUCAUUACCGCUGCACGCGUUGGAGCCGCCUCAACCUGACCAUCUCCGCCUCUUCACCUCCGGAAUAACACCACCACAAAAUACGUUCGCCGGAGCUCCGAAGACCAGCAAGCCUCCAAGCGAACCCAAAGCUGUUCUACACCGCACUGUCCUCACGCCGGCGAGAUCCAUCGAAAGCCUCGAGAUCUCCUCCGCCAUUGAAACACUUCAAACCCUAGACACGCGACCGUAG